AUGGAUUCAUCGAAGCCUUUUCAGAUUCCUCCUUAUUUAUUUUUCAUCACGCUACAAAUGGGCUGGGUUGCCGUAAGAAGCGAACUGAUGAAGUUAUCCCCUGUACUUGAGUUCAGAAAUCAAGCCCCAAGAAUGCUUCGAAAGGACAGUAGGGCUUUAGGAAACAACUUGAUUACCUUCAUCAACAAAAAUAACAAUAGCUUGCAGAUGAAUUCUUAG